CUUGAUUAACUUACUGUCCCUUUAAUGUGUCUUUAUUGCUGUUCAGUUUAUUUUCUAUGUUUUGAUGAAAGUAAAUAAAGCAACAAGAAUUGGCACAUCCCUCAUCUUGAUUGAGUCACUUUAGAGAGUCCAACUGUUAUUAAAGGAAGGAUGAGGAAGUGACAUGUUGCUGUUCAGAGGAAGUUGAUAAAACAUUUGUGUUUAAGAAGCAACUAGUUCAGAGACUUUCAAAAAGAAGAAGCAGAGAGAGACAGAGAGACACGAUGGUUGACUUCAGAUGGACUAAAACCUCUUUAUUCCUGAUCCUGGUGCUUCAGUUUACAGCGGCAGCAACCAGACCAUAUAUGAGCUUCUCCGCAGUCAGAGUCGGAGAUGAAGUCACUUUGCCUUGUCACACACCCAAUCAGGCUUGUGACAGUCCUAAGUGGAUCUUCACUGAUUCAAGCCGCACAGCAACUGUAGAUCUGGUUCGUGAUGGGAGGAUUGUUGAAAAAGCCAAAGCUAAGUCAGACCGACUGAGUGUUACAGAGAACUGUUCUCUGGUUAUAAAGAAGGUCACAGAGGAGGAUGCUGGUCAUUAUGGAUGUGUAGAGUUUAGAUUACGACAACAAGCUCCAGACACUGUUGUUAUUCUGUCUGUUGUUACCAUGACUGAACAUCAGGACAGUGAUGAGGUGACGUUACGCUGCUCUGUGUCCACAUAUGGACCAUGUAGACACACAGUGAAGUGGCUGUUUAAGAGUCAUGAUGUGGAUAAAGAUCAUAAAGAUUUGAGGACAUCCCAGUCUCCCUGCUACACCUCUGUGACCUUUCCUACUUCUCAUUUUAGUUACACAUCAAGGUAUCAGAUCUUUAGGUGUGAAGUGACUGAAGGAGACAAAGUGCAGGAGUUUCCCUUCAGCCCUCAGUCCUCAGGUGGGGUCACAACAACAACAACAACAGAAUCAACAGAAUCAUUAACAACUGAGAGCAGCAUUACAUCAGGAACCAAUGAUGCUUCACCAGGACAACAAGGUGUGUUGGUGUACAUCAUGGAGGCUUUGGUUUUAGUAGCUCUCUUAAUAACCAUUGUGGCUGUCAUCAGUUGGAAGAAAAUGAAAGGAAACACAACACGGGAGAAUGACAAUGUUGGGCGGACCUCAAACUCUGCAGCAUCUCAGUCUGCCCCAGAAACCAGUCAAAACACGGCUGAUCCUGAAGGUGGUGUUUCCUACGCCUCCAUCAGCCACACCAACAAGACCAGCAGAGCCCAGGUUCGACGUAAAAACGAUGACGAAGCAGUGACCUACACAACCGUGAAAGCUUCCUCGACUGAUCCCAGUGAACUCUACGCUACCAUCAACUAAUCUGUCUAAUCUGGCAUCAGAUAUUUGCUAGUCUCUGAUGGGUGAUUGUAGAAAUCUUCCUAGUCAGAAGGGAGUGAAGCAGGUUAACUAGUGUCGCCAUGUAGAAAAGGGAAAUAGUAAUUUAACAAGUAUGUACUGUAUGAGGUGCUUAAAAAGCAAAUGAGUAUGAGCAUAAGUAACAUAUGAUACAUUAUGCUUGAUGAACUUGCUGUAAUGAACUUUAUUGUGCUCAGUGAUGGAUGUGCUGAUCUAAUGCUUGUCUUAUACUACAUGUAUUGCCUGUAAUAAUUUAAUAUGCAACAAUUUAUCAAGGGCAAGCAAUUGUACUGAUUGUGUCAUGCUAUUUUUUAUUUUCACAUUUGUUUCUGUUUAAUUGUAUCUUUUUUUGUUUCACGUACAACAAUUUGACCAUUUAUGCUUUGGAUACUUUAUUAAAACAUUUUAUAAUAUUUUAUUCAAAGCAUCCUGUAAAAGGGGAGGAUGUGAAAUGACUUAUUAAAUAACUGAAUAAGUGAAACUGGAAAUCCAAACGUAAAUGUGAUUUAAAUCAAUCACAAAUUAACAUUAAGGAAGUUAAGCACUUAAAAAGGAGAGAGAAUGAAAAAGGAAGAGUCACUAUGAGGAAGUGACACCUUACUAAUCACAGAAAGUAGUAGGCUAUGUAGUAGCAUGAAUUUCUCUCUAUUAAUGUAUGAUGAUCUCUUAAUAGAACAAUAAUGUAUGUUUUUUC